AAGUGAGUAAACACAUUAGUCCCUAUAUAUUAUAUUUGGCUUUCAUUGUUCAUAUUAAUUGUAAAAACAAUUUUUCAUAUAUUUGUGAAAUAAUGUAGUCACAGCCCACUGCAAGGUGGGAACUUGAUUCUGUCACGGCGAGUGGAAAGGACCAUAAACAUUGAAGUUGAGGAUGAGUCAAAUCUUGCAUUAUUAAAGCUUCCAUCUUAAGGGAGAAUGCAUGCCUAAAUUAGCGCUGUUCGGAUGUACUGUUUUGCACUCAGGACGUUGGUGUCCAAGCUUUUAACCGCUUCUCUGAGACAACUUGCUGGCUUAGGUGAGAAAGGCACAUCGCGAACCAGGGUUCAAGCCUCUGAACCUUAGAGGAGAGGCGGACAGGGGGCGCUACUGGACAAUCUGAGUCCCUCAAGAGGAUUGUGGGACUUGUAGUUUUUUCUGCAUCACUUUAGCUUCAUGAACUACAUUUCCCAGAAUGCAAAUAGGGCCGGUCAGUCCCACUGUCGGGGCGUACGGUGUCCUUUAAGCUGUGAAAGUGUGAAAGAAUGAGGAUGAGCUUUGGGUUGACUUUCAGGACAGCAAAAGGCCACUGGCUGGUGAACCUCAGCCGGCAGUGCUCACAUGGAUCCACUGGGUUAUUUGUGCCACCAAGUCCUCCUCUGGACCCUGAGAAAGUCAAAGAGCUACAGCGCUUCAUCACCCUUUCCAAAAGACUCCUAGUGAUGACCGGGGCAGGAAUCUCCACUGAGUCGGGGAUCCCAGACUACAGGUCAGAAAAGGUGGGACUUUAUGCCCGCACUGACCGGAGGCCCAUCCAGCAUGGGGAUUUUAUACGGAGUGCUCCAAUCCGCCAGAGGUAUUGGGCAAGAAACUUUGUGGGCUGGCCCCAGUUCUCCUCCCACCAACCUAACCCUGCACACUUGGCUUUGAGCAACUGGGAGAGACUCGGCAAGCUGUACUGGUUGGUGACCCAAAAUGUGGAUGCCUUGCACACCAAGGCAGGGAGUCAGCGCCUGACAGAACUCCAUGGAUGCAUGCACAGGGUCCUCUGCUUGCAUUGUGGUGAACAGACUCCCCGCGGGGUGCUGCAGGAGCGGUUCGAGGUCCUGAACCCCACCUGGAGUGCCGAGGCCCACGGCCUGGCUCCCGAUGGCGAUGUCUUUCUCACAGAGGAGGAGGUCCAGAACUUUCAGGUCCCGUCCUGUGCUCGAUGUGGAGGCCCCCUGAAACCAGAUGUCGUUUUCUUCGGGGACACAGUGAGCGCUGACAAGGUUGACUUUGUACACAGGCGUGUCAAGGAAGCCGACUCCCUCUUGGUUGUGGGAUCGUCCUUGCAGGUGUCUGACUUGGUUGCAGGGGGUAACUGUCCCUUUUGGGGGAUAGGGAGCCCUGGAGAGGCUCCCCUCCUGGUUUCUCUCUUUAUGCAUCUAGAAAGCUCUUACCUGGCUCUUCUCCUGGUACAGGUGUACUCUGGUUACAAGUUUAUCCUCACUGCCUGGGAGAAGAAGCUACCCAUUGCAAUACUGAACAUUGGGCCCACACGGUCGGAUGGCUUGGCAUGUCUAAAACUGGAUUCUCGUUGUGGAGAGUUGCUGCCUUUAAUAGACCCACACUGACCACAGCCUGAUGUUCCUGCGCCGGAAACUGGAAUUUCCACUUGAAUCCUGCUGCUAAAGAUCCCUAAGAAUUCAUCCCUUCUUCCUCGAACUAAUGGAAGCUCACUGAGGGCAGCCUGUGGAGGGCAGCAAACCAACAUCUCUCUGCCAGCCUGUCUCUGAACUGGGCCGGUUUCAGAGCCAAGCAGUUAAGUUCUUCAGGCUGAUGAGAUUUGCCCCUGAAGAAAGACUUUUUCAGAGCAGCAGCUUCUCUUGAUAGGAAAACUGCUUUCUCUUCCUUUUUAUCUCCCCAGGUAGAAGAAAUGGCCUGGUUAAUAUGUAGGCCAGAAUGGUCUUUGGAGUGCUAAUGUAGGGAUUUCACUAAUGUAGGGUGUGAGGGGAGAAGGAAAUGACUUAAUUUAUAAUCUCAAAUGCUUAAAUGUUUUUAACUGAAGCAUUCUGAUACAUUUUUUUUUUUGAAAAGAUGAGCAAUGGUAUGAAUGAAUUUUUUUUAACCAAGGAAUAAAGGAAUCUUUUUUUUUUUUCCUUUUUCUCCCCAAAGCCCCCCGGUACAUA